CACAAACGUUUCGUCCUGGUUAAAGGCAUUUUCAUCUUUAUGGUUAUAGACGUUUGGCUUCUGUAAGAAUCGUUUAUUUGUCGUGUCGGGAUGGUGUCCAGCAGACAGAAGCGGGUUUGGAGGUUUGUGGCGGAGCGCCGGUUCCGGAGGCUGAAGCGCUACUUGAGGAAGCACCCCGAGCUGGACGUGAACUUCUGCCGUAAGCGGAGGCGCUGGAGCCCGCUGCACCUGGCCUGCAGCCUCGGAGACAGCGAGGCCCUGCUCCUGCUGCUCCGCCGCGGGGCCAACCUCCUCCAGGAGGACGCCAGCGGAGACACCCCGCUGCACAUCGCGGCCAGGAAGGCAAGAAAACUUGGUCCGACCGCAUAUGAGGACCUCUUUGUGCCACUCCAAAGGAGUCAUCCGGAAGCGAUGUCUGCCCUGAACCAAGAUGGAGUCACUCCUGAGGAGCUGCUGUACGGGAGGACAUGCACACGGGCUGAAGGAUGCAGAACUCCGCUGGCAGCACGCUGUGACAGAGAGUGGACAGCGAAGCUGCUUAAUGAGGGUGCCGAUGAAUUCUGUGAAGCCUUUGGAGCAUAUGAUGGUGUUGAUGAAGAGAUCAAUCCCUUUGGGGACUGGGCUGAUCGUGUCAGAGAAGAGUACCUGCAUAAGAAGCACACUGAAGCUCAACGACACGCAGCAUCUUUUACUGAACAGCGAAAACGAGAGCGAGAAGAGGCUGAGCGAAGCCGUAAGGAACUACAUGUCAGGCUGCAGAAGGAACAUGAGGAGUACCUGAAACGUGCUGCGCGCAAACAGGAAGAGACUCUGCGAAGCAAGAAGCGAAGCUACAGUGAGCGGUGUGCAGCUACUUUUAGUGGUUCAUCAUCAGUCAGAGCUAACCUGACCUAUGAUGACAUCCCCUGGCCGGCCCCACACGGAUCAAUUCAGAAAAUGAUGGCUGUCAUCCUUCAUGGGGUUGACCAAAACGAUGUGCCAUCUUUUCGUAAAAUGCUCCGGAAGCAGCAGGCACUGUGGCACCCAGAUAAGUUUUCUCAGCGCUGCGAGGCUCAGUUGGAGGAGAAGGACAAGCAGCUCAUCCUGGACACAGUCAAAGCUUUGUCACAGGAACUUAACAGCCUUGCUCAGAGUCUGAAGACAUGAGGGUUAGAGGGGAAGCAGAAUGUAGAAAACUUUACCACUGGCUGUGACAGUGGCAUGCUGUGAUGAUACAUGUUAACAAAAGUUUAAAAAUUCUCACUUUUUACAUCAGCCACAGUUGCAAGUGAAAAAUUGUUUCAUUGUGAGAUGGACAAUGAGAGUUAAAUUUAUUCCCCACAUUCUUUCAGAUAAUCAGAAAUAGCGUCUUUGAUGUUCCACAUGGAUCUUAAAAGAGAAGUUCAUGUUUUUUUUUAACCUAGACCCUGUUUUGGAUUUUGGGCGUAUCUUUUCACUCAGGACAAAAAUGUAUGGAGAAUGCAAAUACCAGAAGCAAGCAGAAGGUAACCGGUUAACUAAUGUUAUUGUACGGAGCAUUAAGAACUCAGAGUAAACCGCUUCUUGUCACCACUGAACAGGUGAAAACGUCAUUUGAAGUGUGUGGUUGUACAGACUGACAUUAUGGAUUAUACAGCUGGCUGCUUACCUUAGCCUAGCCUUCCUCUCUUGUUGUUCUACACUGAAUCAGUUGCAGAGGGUCAUGCAGAAUGAGCCCCUCCUCCACAAUCAACUUGUAGUCACUCCAUGACCCUUGCUCUUGUAAUAAAACAUUGUUCACAGUGCUACAAU